AACGUAGCCCCGCCCUGACUCGGCCAGCGCUCUGCGGCAAGGAAGGAUGGCGGAAGGGAGGAUGGCUGAAGGUAGGAUGCCGGAGCGAGCUCGAUUAGAACGCCCUCGGGUGGACCGAGGAGACCGAGAACGGAACCAGGCGCUGGCAGCGCUGACCUUGGACCCAGAGAAGAUCCGGGGCAAACAUGCUGCCCUCUGCUUUGCCACCAUGGCCGUCAUGCUGGGGCUGCCCCUGUGGUGGAAGACGACAGAGACAUACCGGGCCACCCUGCCCUAUUCCCAGAUCAGCCAGCUGGACUCCUUGCUGCUCCGGCUCAGAGUUCCGGUCUCAGUGGUGUUUGUCCAGGGUUCCCUGCCCAUAGUAGAUCAGCAAAAGCUGCCCUUCACCGUUGUCAAUGAGCGAGAUGUCCCACUUAAAUGCAAGAUGAAGCUCAAAUGCCGCUUCCAGGAGGCCUAUCGCAUGGCAGGCUCCUACGAGGAGAAGGCCUUGAAAAAGGCCACUGUUCAAGAGGCCGAGGCUGCGUUACCUCCACCAAAGGAGGAUUCAUUGGGCUCACUCAACAUAUUUGUGAUCCCUGAGAAAUCCUCACUGUUCUCCAAGGACAAGAUGAGCUACAUUGGGCCCAAGAGGACCGCGUUCGUUCGGGGCGCCCAGGGUCGGCAGGCCUUGACGGUGAUCGGCCAGAGGGUGCUGCAGGUAGCUCAGGCCAUGUCACUGACCGAUGAGGUCCUCGCCGCUGCCCUGGGUGACCGCCUACCAGAGGACAAAGUGAGCUUGGACAAGAGGCGGCCCCUCAAGUCUAGCCUGGGCUAUGAGAUCACCUUCAGUUUACUGAACCCUGACCCCAAGUCCCACGAAGUCCACUGGGACAUAGAGGGGGCAGUGGAGAAUUACGUGCAGCCUUUCCUGUCCCUUCUCAGUGCUGUUGGCAACUUCUCCAUGGACUCUCAGAUCCUGUACUACGCCAUGCUGGGUGUGACGCCUCGCUUUGACCCGGCCACUUCGAGCUACACCCUGGCUGCUCACAGCCUCCCUCACGUCAUCAACCCUGUGGAGGCCCGUUUGGGGUCCAGAGCUGCCUCCCUCUACCCGGUGAUCAAUUUCCUCCUGUAUGUGCCUGAGCGUGCCCACUCCCCACUAUAUAUCCAGGACAAGGAUGGAGCCCGGGUGGCCACCAACGCCUUCCAUAGCCCCCGGUGGGGCGGCAUCAUGGUGUACAAUGUGGACCCCGGUGCCUACAAUACCACCAAGUACCCUGUGAAGGUCAACGUGGACAUGCUACCAGUGAUGGAGGUGUUCCUGUCCCAGAUGCGGUUGCUCUUUGGCAUCCCCCACCCUGAGAUGCCAGCCAACUUUCUUCUGGGAAGCCCUCCGAGUGAAGGGCUGCGGUCCUGGGAAGUGGACAGGCUGCUCUGGGCCCGCACCGUGGAGAACUUGGUUACGGUCAUCACCACCCUGACCUCUCUCGCUGAGCUGCUCGACAAGAUUGGCAAUAUCGUUAUCAAGGAUGAUGUGGCCUCCGAGGUAUACCGUGCACUGGAUGCUAUCCAGGAGGUAGUGGUGGAGCUGGCUUCUGGAAACCUGGAGUCGGCUUUCCACAUCAGCCGGGAGGCUGUGACAGCCUCAGAGAAGGCCUUCUUUGACCCCUCCCUCCUUCACCUCCUCUACUUUCCUGAUGACCAGAAGUUUGCCAUCUACAUCCCCCUCUUCCUGCCCAUGGCGGUGCCCAUUUUUCUCUCCAUGAUCAAGAUUAUCGUGGAGAACCAAAAAGCCAGGAAGGAUAUUGAGAAGGUGGACUGAGUGUGCAGAGCAGGGGAAUGGGGGGCACCUGAUGGAAGCUGGGCUGGGGGGAGGGAAAGGUCCUUGCUCCUGGGCAUAGCCUGGUCCCAUUCUUCCCUCGCCCUGCAGAUCCUUUUGGAUAGAGGCCAGGCCUUCAGGG